CAUAACCAGAUUUAACGUAGUUUCGUAACAAUUUUCCGGCGUAACAUGAAGUAGAUUUGAAGAAAUUUUUUAUCACAUUUUUUAAUCUUUAUGUAUGGUAAUAUUAUCAAAUAUGACAGAUCUACCACCUGAGACAACUAAUAGUGAGUCUGAAGCAGUUUCAAGUCAGCCCAAUUCACCUGUUUUUGUUGGCAACAAACACGAGUUUGUGGAAAAACAGAAGGUAAAAUGCAAUGUGAAUGGGCGAGACAUUGUUGUGUUUUACCACAACCAACGCUUCUAUGCGAUGGAUCAACAUUGUUACCAUGCUGGUGGCCCUUUGGAUAAGGGAGACAUUGAGGACAUUGGAGGCAGAUGGUGCAUCAUUUGUCCAUAUCACAAACAAAAGAUAACACUUGAGACAGGAGAAGGACUUCAUUACUCAAUUGAUCCCUACAAUUUGAAGAAGCCACCUGAGUUGUGCUCCAAGGGAGUGGUACAAAGAGUGCAUCAUGUUCAAGUUAUUGGCAACAAACUUUAUGUUACCCUCUCAGAUUCAAAAGAAUACCUGCCAUCUGAUUAUUUUUAUUCAAAAAGAGUUGUAAAAAGUAACUGAAUGACAGUGUUACAUUAAAUAAUAUACUAUGUACACAAUAUAAAUGUCAAAACACAGGAAUGCUCUUCAAAAUAAAAAUAUUCACACUUUUAA